ACAAAAAACCAGACGUACGGCGCCAGAAUGACGGUUUCUCAGUGUGCGUUAUCUGUGACAGUGUUGGUCUUCGUGGCUCACGUUGCCAUCUCCACAGCUUCUAUCAGGACGUCACGAGCAGUAGUGUUAACAGGGGUAUGUAGCAUGGACAGCGACUGUGCGCUCGCCCGCGGGGAGGGCUGGUGCUGCGCGCCGUGGAACCCAUGGACUGUCUACGAGGUCUCCGUCUGCAAACCGCCGGGGUCCGCCGGGGCACCCUGCCUCCUCUCCCGCACAGACACCCGCUCGCCGCGGUCCCAGCAGGCUCUGGAGCGGCAAUUCUGGAGAUGUCCCUGCAAACACGGGCUGGUGUGCGUGCCCGAAGGCACCGGCUUGGUCGGGACCUGCCAACAGCCACCCACGGACUACAUCGUCUGA